AUGGCAGCUACUAGUGAGCAACCGUAUACGGGAGUGCUUGGCAAGGUGUUCACAAGUCCAAGCAAGCGACGCGCAAAGAAAAAAACUACAACACUUGCCAAGCAUCUUGGGCAAGACAAGAAGAUAAACGAUCUAAGGAGGAAGUUGGAGAUGCUGCAAAACACUCGGCCUGAUACGACAAAGCAGAUAUCCCAAAAGGACGAGUCUAUGACGGAGGUGGAGCCAAUUCCACCCCCUGUUCAAGGCGAUGAUCAAUUUGAGGCGUACGGGGACGUACCAAUCGACACCGACCUACCGAGCAAUCUAACGCCGAGCUGUCCAAUGGAUCUGCCUCGCAAGGCGCGUGGAGUUUUGCCUAACAACGAUUCGCACAAGCUCUUCAACCGGUGGAAGCACGUUCUACCCUCCCUCGUCAAUCCACUUCCGUCGCACAUUUCAUCAACGAUGGGGAAAAAGUGGGAGAUGCCGAAAGAGGUCAGAUCUCAGUGUGGUCACCCUACGUCGUAUUUUGAAAGGGUCAAUGUUGUCUCUUGUCAAUGUCAAGACCUACUCCAAACAUUCACGCUCAAUGGUUUCUUUCCCACGUCACCCACGCAGCCUCGCGUUGGAAUUUCGAUUGAACUCCUCGACUUCUAUCAAGCCUUGUUCGAAUGCUCCUGUGAUGCCGUUCAAUCUGUAGCAAGUGCGCUUCAGACACAUUAUGAACGUCGUGGUUUUCACUAUCGAAAUACAGCGAGGGAAGUGGUCAAGGAUCCAUUCCGUCGUUGUAUCGGUCACGCCGUUCAGUGGUACGACAACAUGCGAGGCCACGUGAACGACAUCGUCGAACAAGCCCUGAGGUCAGCCGAUGAGAUGGCGAGAAAUAUGAAGCUUUCUCAGUCACUCUCGACACCAUCUCCUCCAUCUCCUUCCCUUCGAUACAGAUCAGGGAAUACAAUUCCUCAGUCCCCCUCUCAGCGAGCUGGAUUAGUUGGCAGUUUGUCAGCUCAAGUGGGUAACGCUCGUACCGAAUGUGCGAGAAUCCUUCAACAACGAUGUCCUGCUUGCUUUUCUACUACCAUCUAUGGACGUACCGGGAAUCAAGGGGCGGACUUCGUGGUUAGCACUGACGGUAACUUCAGUCAACGUCAUAUGGCGUCUGCUGGGGAUUGCCCCAAAUUUUAUGAACCAUCCUAUUUUCUCCCCAAGGAGUUCGUUGAUAAUGUUGGUGCUCGGAUUGAUGCUGCUCGACCCAAACGACGUCGUGGCCCUGUUCUCGUCCCUGAUGAGGCUGUUGAUCAGUGCGAGAGUGGCCACAUCGCUGGCAAAGGAACCAACACAAAACAAUUUGAUGACGGCGGUGUCAUGGCGCUGAUAUGCCGCCAUGACAUUCCACUAUUUCUUGUCAACAUUGACACGCCAGGUGAGCAGCAGAAAUAUCCGGUAGCGCUGGUGGAGCAUCUCUUCACCUUGAUUCCGGAUCGUGCAACCGUCGCCAUUCUUUACGAUGUUGCUUGUGUACUGGAACGCAGUCUACAGAAGUUUGACUUCUUGCCUGACGAUAUCCUCGCACAAACAACCUUCGGCACCACAGUGCUAUGCAUGCUUACGGACAUCACAUCACACAUCCACACAUCCACCACACCGCCAACCGUGACACGCCGCAUUCUGAGAAGAUCAUCCCACAACCAACACCACACGCGAAAGCGACUAGGCUGUAUUGCAGCCUCUGAGGAUGUGACGAGAAUUGGGGCAUUGGUUGUAGCCUUCACAUUCCGUAUCGUUGAAGUUCGAUGCCGGGGAUGCAUGACAGAGGUAGCACAAGAAGUUAGACAUGUAUGUCUAACAGCCUUCAAUGGAAUAGGGUGGGGUCGGGGCCACAGGGUUCCACCAUGUAUCCACGCCUUCGCGCUUGAAAGUCAAGAGAUUCUACCGGACAACACACACCCGCGCUUCGGAGGUUGCUCGCACCUUGUCGUCCGUGAGGUGGCCGCUCAAGCAGCCAACCUUAUGGAAGGCGUCCUCAAUAAAGGAUCAUAUCCAUACUGCUCUGCAGAAUGUACCAUUUGGUGCUUGCGCCAAUGGUCGGACAUCGUGUUACCUAUCUUCCCGUUGAGUGUAAAACAAAUAGAGACCGUCGAGACCAGAGAUGGAAUUCUUGAGUGCGCCGCUUCACCCUGCAUGAAAGCCGUAUAA